AUGGUCGAAACUUCACCGAGUGAAGAAACAUCUGAAACCCAAACCCAGCAGACACACGCAAUCACAACCAACAGCGAAAUCAAAGAACUUCUCGAAAAAUGUGAAUUUGGGGUGAGCAGAGAGGAGAUUCAGGAGACUGUGCAAUCGUAUACCGACAGUUUCUAUACUCAAAUGAUUUUGGAGGAGAAAGUUGUUGAUUUGUUGAAAGAUUUUGCGGCGAAAAAACAGAAGGAAAAAGAAGUUGAAGUUGUGGAAACUCCGGCUCUUAUUCCGGAAGUUGAGGAGAAAAAAGAGGAGGAAAAAGAGGAAAAAGAAGAAGAUCUUUCGAUUUUUGGGCAAAUCAAUAAGAAGAUUGAGGAUGCCGAUAAAUAUUUAUACGUGAGUUUUGAAAAUAAAUCCAAUUUUUUUUUGAAAUUUUUAAAUAAAAUUAUCAAGGUCCGAAAAUUCCCGACAAUAAAUUUUUUUUUUAAUUUUCGGACCUUAAUAAUUUUAUUUUGAAAUUCUGAAUUUAAGGUUCUCAAGCCUGUCGGUUUAAAAAAAUACAAAUUUUCCGAAUUACAUUAAAAAAAUGAUCAAAUUUUUCAAAAAAAAAUUUUUUUUUUUUUAAUUUUCGGACCUUGAUAAUUUUAUAUUGAAAUUUCAAAAGUUCAAAACGGCCCAUUUUUCAAGAUUUCAAAAAAUUGGAUAAUUUUUUCUGAAAACCUUAAAUUCAGGCCGGAAAACCUUAAAUUCAGACCAAGAAAAAACCGAGCCUUAAAUGAGCCUUAGCCUAAUUCCUAUGAAUCGAGCCUAGAAUUAAGGCCCGGCCUAAAAUUAGCCUGAAAUUUAGACGCUUCAAAAGCAGGCCUAAAAAUUGGCCUCAAUUUAGGUCUAAUUUUCUGAAUCUAUGAAAAAACCGGGCCUAAAAUGAGCCUUAGCCUAAUUCCUAUGAAAAGUCUGAAUCGGGCCUAGAAUUAGGCCCAGCCUGAAAUUUAUGCGCUUCAAAAACAGGCCUAAAAAUUAGCCUGAAAAUCAGGUCUAAUUUUCUAAAUCUAGGAAAAAACCGGGCCUAAAAUGAGCCUAAGCCUAAGCCUGAAUUCAAAUCUCUAACUUUUCUGCAUAUUUUUAAAAAAAAUUCAACCUAGAAUUAAUCCCGGCCUAAAAUUAGCCUGGAAUUUGAACCCAACAUUCUGGAUUCAGGAAAAAUCUGGCCUAAAUGUUUAGAUAGGCCUGAAUUCGGACUCAAAUCUCUAACUUUUCUGCAAUUUUCAAAAUUCAACCAAGAAUUAAGCCCGGCCUAAAAUUAUUUAGACGCUUCAAAAAUAGGCCUAAAAUGAGGCCCAGAAAAGCCUAAUUUUGACCAAAACUAGUCCAAAAACCAAGCAAAAAUCCAAUUUUUCUCCAGGAAAAACUUCGAGGCGUCGAUCGCAUUUCAAUCGGCUUCCAACGCCGAAACAACACAACAUCAUUCAGUUUCCAACUCACUUUCGACACAAUUUUCAAAAUUUGGUUCUUUUUCCUUGUGGCCUACGGGACAUGGACGAUUUUGGCGAAUCAGAAUUUCCAGGGUCGCGUUGAAGCGCGUUUGGAUGAGAUCUUGGAGGCGACUCAGAACAUCUGCAAUUGCGAAGCUCCAAACUACGACACUCCGGAUUCACAGAUUCCUGGCUGGUUUUAA